AAUAUGAACCUCCUCACUAUUCAAACCAAUCUCCAACACAUAAAAACACAGUUACUUCUUCUUCACAAGAAAAUAUCAUGAAUUUCCUCUCAUCUUUGGCUAAGAGCGCCGGCGGCCAAUCCGCCGACGAGCCCAAGAAAACCGCCGGCGAGGAAGCUUCAACUACUGACCUUUUUUCCAGUGCAAAAGUGUUAGCUGAAGCAGCUCAAAGUCAAUUCAACAAAGAUUCCGGCAAGGUCGAUAACAAAAAGGUGGCUGAAGCUGCUGCUGAUGUUCUUGACGCUGCACAGAAAUAUGGUAAAUUAGAUGAAACUCAAGGUGUUGGACAGUAUGUUGAAAAAGCUGAAACUUAUCUCCACCAGUACGGUUCUGCUAACCCCUCCACCACCACCGAUGCCGCCGCUGCAAAGCCUCCGGCAGCCGCACCAGAUACCGAAGAAACAAAGGCACCGGCACCGGCUCCGGCCGCAGCAGAUACUGAAGAAACAAAGCCACCGGAACCGGCAGAUACCGAAGAACCAAAGGCACCGGCACCUGCACCGGCACCGGCACAGGCACCGGCAGAGGAAGAAAAGGGAGAAGGGUAUGGGCAAUACGUGAAAAUGGCAGAAGGAUUUCUGAAACCAGGAGAUGGUGAAUCGGCAAAAGCAUCUGAAGGAGGAUCAGGACCAGAUUAUCUUAAGUUGGCCGGUGACUUCUUAGGCAAGAAGUGAUUAGUUUAAUCAUUUUUUUUUUUUUUUUUUUAAAUUAUGGCUGUUAUAUUCCAAGUUUCUUUUCUUUCACUUUCUUUGCCACUGUUCAGUGUUCAUUACCGGCGGCGAAUUUCUCUAGUCGCCGGAGCUGGUUUUUACUUGGCAUAUGUAAUUUGUGUGUAUGUUUUUUUCCAGUAUGAUUUUUAGGGUGUAAUGGAAUUUGUGUUGUAUGGAUAAAGUGUGAACUUUUAUGAUGUUAUUGGUGUAUACGGUGCAGUGUGAUUCUUA